CACGUGACUGCGCGUCAUCCCGCUCCGUCGUUUUGCCCCUCGACACGCUCCAGGCUCCGAAACAGCUCUUCUUUCUGCCAGGUCGCGAAAGAGACACCUUCCAGAAAAGGUCAACGGAAAUCUCGCCAAAUUCCAAAAAAAAAAAAAUCCGUGCGGGCCAGUCUCAAAAAACCGUCCUGUCGUUUUGCAUCUCAGGCUCAUCAUGCCGAUCGGCAUUCAGCGGCUCAAUGCGAAACGCUCGCAUCCGAACGACCGGAUCAUCUUCAUCAAGCCUUUGAAAGGCCGAGAUGAGAAGACGGCCCAGGAUUUUCUUGAAAGGAUAGCAGCACAAUGCUUGCCGAUCAUGAAAGAGCACCACCUGUCGGUGAUGUCUCUCGAGGAGUACGAGCCGAAUCAGGAAUUCGUCGGCAGAAACUUCAACGCUGGUGAAAUCAUACAGCUAGUGCUCAAGUCGCGAUCGGGGCGGUGGCUGCCGUUCGAGUACGUUCAAAUGGUCAUGAUGCACGAACUGGCGCACUGUAAGCAAAUGAACCAUUCCAGAGCCUUCUGGGCCGUGAGGAACCAGUACGCCGAUUUGAUGCGAGGGCUGUGGCAGCGAGGGUACUCCGGCGAAGGGAUCUGGGGCCGCGGAGCUCAACUAGGGACGGGACAGUUCCAGAACAACGUCACGCUGCCCGGAGAGCCGCUUCCAGAGCAUCUCUGCGGCGGUACAUAUCGAUCUCGCGGCCGCAAACGUAAGAUUAAGCCCAAGCUGUCCUACAAGGAGCAAAAGGAGCGUCGAAUUCUCAAGAAGUUUGGUGCCAACGGCGUUACGCUUGGCGCGGAUGAGGAGACAAAAGUCAAGCUGGAGGGCGGCAAGCGCACGCAGGCAAAACCUCGUGUGGCUGGCAGCGCUCGAGGGCGUGAGUUGCGGGCGGCGGCGGCGCUGGCACGGUUCGACAAGGUCAAGGAGGAGCCCGAAGAUGAAAUCAAAUUCGAGGUAAAGGACGAGGACGACAGCGGCGAAAGCGAAUACGAAGACGACCCGGCGGACGUCAAGAACGAAGAUGCGAUCGACAUUGAUGGAAAGCCAAUUACUGAUGGCAAAGGCCGUGGGAUGAUCAAGGUUUGCGAAGACGAGAAUCCGGACGAUCAGGAUGCCCAGAACGAGCUUCAAGAGCUGCGCAAUUCGGUACAGCAAUGGCGGCAGACACAUCUUAAUUUCAAGCGCGAAGACGACUCCGCUGAGGUGACUGCGUCACUGGAUCGAUCGAGACAGGCUGAGGAACCGACCUCUCACGCACCAAGGCAGGUCGUACAGCCCCGAGUCAAGAUCAAGAAGGAGGAAGGUGAUGCCGAUGGCGAGGAGCCAAUUCUAAAUACCGCCAAUGCAAUUCCCACAAUCAAGAGAGAGGCAGAAGAUGCGCACCGGCUACCUUCAUCUUACCGUCUGAUCUCGCCGAACAGCGCGACAUCCCCGUCUGGUAAGGAUGGGGCGACACAGCCGGUCACAACGUCGACAACAAGGGCACCGGGGUCUGCUGAGGUAUGUGGAAUUUGUUCCUUUGCCAACCCGGUCCUGUCGAUAACUUGCACCAUGUGCUCGCAUGUGCUGGACCCGGCAAGCGUGCCGAACGCCUGGCGAUGUCGGAGCACCGCGUGUCAAGGCAGCGAGUACCUCAACCCGGGCGACUUUGGAGUUUGCGGAGUGUGCGGGCAGAGCAAAAAGCAAGGUCAGAGGUGACACAAGGAAUUCUGGUGGGACGAGACUCUCAUGACAAAUGGCGAAUGGCAAAUUGCACAGGGCGGGACUGGCGGAGGACAAUGAGUAUCGUGCUACCUACUAUGUAUUGUACGGCGCGUUGUGCUCCUCGGUUGUGGGGACUUUGGAAGAUUGCGCGAAAUCCUUGAGAUCAGGGGGGCGGGUUAGGAAGAAGGGGAUCACGAGCUGUGAGGCAAUGGGCGCCUUUAAUAUCGAGAUACUAUCCAUGCCCUGCAGACUAACCAAGGAAACGAAUGGGUCGUCGAGCUCAUUCUCGGCGGGGCGGGCUCCGGGCAUUCAACCCCGUGUGAGCAAUCGGUUUCCUGUUAUUUUUGAGAAACAAAAUCCCCUUUAGACUUUUUGGUGCGAAUGGCAAUACCCUUACACGACCAACUUACCAGAAUGACUACGGUCCAUUUAGGUUUGCACGCCAACUCGUCGAGUAAAGUUUUGCGGGCGGGUUCGUCUAGUGUAUCUGUAA